AAGAGAGAGAAUGGGAAGAAGCAUGGAACAAGCAGUACACGUUUUUAUCCCUCCCUCGGCUUUAAGCUUUCAGACAAGCGUAAUUGACAGGUAUAAUCUUGACAGCACUUCCCCAGUAAAUCAAGUAUAUCUAUAGAACGGCUUCUCGGGAUUGUCCGAAAAACAAUCAAUGAAAGGGAUCCCUUCUUUUCCGUAACAUGUACAAACCGGUUCUUUUAGGUAUGAUCCUGAUCAGGACUUCGGAAUGCUUCUCAUCAUCGUGAACAUCACUACUUCUGCGACUAUCGAGAAGAUGUUGACAUUCUAAACUAACAAAACAUCUUGUCUGAGCAGCAACACAAACAUGUAUGGCGGCGAAAGCAGCACAGGAGCUGGCCAAUCAUCCCAACCUCAACUAGCCAGAAUGAAUCCACGUUUGGCACAAUGCUAUUAUGCUUUGCCAGAUCUUGAACACGUAAAGUAUGCGAUCGAUACUUGGUUUCAACAUGAGCUCGUCAAUACACGAUCGUACGUUACUCAAGAGGAGAUGUAUGAUCUGUAUGAUCGGGUAAACAAUAUGGAAGCAAGCUCGAUCGAAUUAGCAUUCCUGUACGUCUUCCUCAUCGCAGCAGGAGCAGCAUCACUAACACAAACAUCACAAAAGAGUAAAUCGGUACUCGAAUCAAUGUAUUCCAUCAAAUCAGCACGUAAAUUCGCUGGAAUCAUAUUUGAGCUGAUUGCCUUGGAUCAGUAUGAGCAACAGAUCAAGAUGCAACAACAGCAACAUCCCGUCAAAUCAGCAUCCACAUACGAACCAUACAAUUGGUUGUGUCUAGCCAAAUGCCCUACUGCAUUACUACACUGUCGGCUUCAUUCGAUGUUAUGCUGCUUCUUCCAUCAAGCUCGUGAUGAAGUACGAAGUGUGACACAUGGAAAUCAUGCCAUUCGAUUUGCAAGAAAGUAUGGCCUUUUCGAUCAAAUCGAAGAAGCAAAACAACAAAAGAAGACUACCAAAACUGGCGGAUUGCCAUCCACAUCUCAAUACUCAGAACAGCACAUAUAUGCACUUCAACGUAUUCAAUUCGACAUCACUGCUUAUCCCAGAUUGUCAAUGUCUCUCAACAUGAACACAAGGAAGAAUAAAGGAAGGGGUUCAACAGAUGCAAACACUUUUUCGGGAGAAUGCAUCUUGCUGCCGUCAGAAGCAUGUCAAGAUCCUAGUGUGAUCGCAGUAUCGCCUGACGGAAAACGAUUACCGUCUAUGGCAUUCGACUUUCAAUGUUUGAAAUUGAUUUUGUCUGAGAUCCGGGCAACAUCAUAUACUCAAUUAAUCCGUGAAACGCAGCUCAAUGCAGAUCAAGCCGUGGCAGAAGAAAUGGAAGACCAUCUUUUGGGAAUCGAUCCAAAUAUUCGAGCAGAGGCACGAAGAAGGCGACGAAAAGAUCAGGCUUACGAACGUUCAAGACGAGCAAUCGCAAAUGAUGAUGUCGUCUUGGCGUUGAUGGAUUUGCUGCCAUCAUGGACGAAGAUUGAUGUGAAGAAGAAUUGGAUGGAAGGUUCGUCACAGCUUGUGUUCGAUGCUACAAGUAUUAUCAAUAUGCUUUGGUCACGAUACGCAUGCAACCGGUUAAGGACCGACAAUCUGAUGCAAACGUGUGAAGUUGAAGAAAUGUCUGCCGAACUUCAAUGUCGUGCUUUGGCAUCUGCUCAAGAUACAAUCUAUUUGUUAAUGCAAGUGAAACAAUUGCUACGAACGCCAUUCCAAUUCGCUUCAGCCCGUGAAUGGUUAUUUGCCGAAGCAGAAUGGGCGAUCAAUGUGUACAAUCGAAUAAUGGAAGCGGAGAUUUAUCGUGAGCUGAACGAUACUCCUGCUGCUUCACCACAACAAUUCUCCGGUCCACCACCCUCGUUGGACAAUUUGAAGUCUCACAUCUCAGAUUCAACAUCGACUGUAGCUUCUUCAUCUCCGCAUGUGAGUUCGCUUAAUGUCACCCCACCAAAUUCACUAAGCCGUGAAACAUCUCCAAGCUUGUUGAUUCCAACUGCCACCUCUUCGCAGAGCAGCAGACGCAGCAGUGCUGAUAAAGGAUACCACGAAGAAGACGAUGGAAAGUAUGUCGAGCAAAGUACAUUCCAGGUGAUGCAUGCACCAAGAGAAAGAAGAACAGCAAUAGGACUAGAUUCUACAGAACAUUUAAUGUCAAUGCAUCUAGCCGCAGCAACAGCAGCAAGUGAAGCAGAAGAACGAAAAGCAAGAGAACAAACAUAUAGGUAUUUUGCAUGGUUCAUUUUUGAUUUCAAAGGAAUCUAUUCAACAAUGCAAGAUUUGCAUUGUUUUGGUCCUGCUGCUUUUGAAGCUUCAAGAACACUUUUACGCAUUCAAGCACCACCAAAGCCAAUGACUUCGCCUACCCUUACACCUGAGAAGGAAAGAGCGUUGCUGGAAGAAAUGCAAUUCUCCACUGGGAGGAGAGCUGCUUUGCCGAACAAAGAUGGCCUGAUUGCCAAUACAUCAACAGCUGCUGCAGUGGCAUCGGUUCAAGGAAGAAAGAACACUACCAAUAUGCACUCCGCAUCUUCUUCAACUAUGCUACCUAGUAAUCAAGCCUUUGCCAAACCUGCCCAACGCAGGAAGAUGAAUGAGGCCACUGUGUGAAAUCUGAGAUUAAAUAUUGAAUUGUACAUCAUAUUUGCAAAACCUGUACAUCUUUCGUAAUUCUAUACUGUAUUAUACAACAGAUUUGAGUAAUCUGGCAUUUUCCCUGCACAUUGAGUAAAAAU